AUGGGAGGUCGCGAGUCUAAGUCGGGCUCAGAAUGCGAUUGCUGUUCUGAAUGCGCAGCGCUUCACCAAUUCCAUCCAACGAGGGUGUACAAGUCAAGUACCAGAGGACUUUUCCCCAACCCCAACGCACAUCAGCAGGCCAAUUGUUGUGUCCACUCGCCUUUAGACGGAUCUGAAAGCCUUCUUAUCACAUCGGAGGACACACGUUGUUUUCCAAACCCCAAGGCAAAUAAGUACGAUCUAAUGGUUGAACAAAAAGUUGGGAAUGAAGAGAAUUUUUCUCCUUUCAAAGCGACGGACUUGCCAUCUUUGAAACCAUCCAUACCAAUUGAAACGCCUAAGCAGAGUUUUGAAGUUUCAAUUAAAAGACAAAAAAUGCGAGUUAAGAAGCCGACAUUUCGAUGGAUUUCCAAACCAAUGAGCACAAAAAAUGUGUUUUUCCAAGGUGCCACUCCAUGUGAAGACUGGUCCCCCUACAAAUCUCACACUCCCAUACAAACUCCGUGGCCUACUUACCUACGCCAAUGGGCGGAUCAACAGCAUCCGAACGGAGAAGUAAAGAUACUCUCUUCUACUUCUGUCACAGAAUCCACAUCCUCAGAAUUUGAAGAUAUGUAUAGGGACUUUCUGCCCCACGAAUGUGGAAAGUGUAUCACGGAGCGCGAUAUGAUGAGCUUGUUUGAGUUUGAGAAACUGGAGAGGGAGUGCGACGUUGCAUGUGUGGAGAGGCUACCUCCAGUGCCGAAAGCUCGAAAGAUCAGAAUGAUACAACAGACCUCUGAGGAAAUGGCUGCUCAAGGCAGCAUUGUAUAA